GGUGCCUAUAAGGGGAGAGGCAGCAUUGUUUGACGGGUGUCACAGCUCCUCUUGAAACCCAAAGAAAGAGAAGACGACCGGCUGAAAACGUCAACUCGGCACAUUCACAAGGAGCCCUGCAUGGAAUGUUAACUCUAGGCUUUUCUAGACCAGAGGCCUACAACAUCCUCCUUUAAAACUAGAACGACCUCAGUGCCGGUGGAUAACCCCCUCCGAAGCACACCUAGUGAAUUUGACCUGACUGUGGAUACUACAGCUUCCAUCCAGACAGCAAAUCAAAGCAGAGCAUUUCCAUUGCUCCUUUUUUAAUAACUAAAUCCAUAACUUUGACUAUUCGUUUUCCCUUUUUGCAAGGAUUUGAGAGAGCUUUGAGAUUUUAAAAAAAGUAAUCUCUAAAAAUGGGUCCUGGAAUGGAAGCGGCGGACAUAGCUGUGGUAGCGCUGUAUUUUGUCCUGGUGCUUGUCAUCGGGUGUUUUGCCAUGUGGAAAGCCAAUCGCAACACUGUGAGUGGCUACUUCCUGGCUGGACGCUCUAUGACGUGGAUAGUGAUAGGCGCAUCACUCUUCGUCAGCAACAUUGGCAGCGAACAUUUCAUAGGCCUGGCUGGCUCAGGAGCAGCAAGUGGCUAUGCUGUUGGAGCAUGGGAGUUUAAUGCACUUUUACUUCUGCAGCUGCUUGGCUGGGUCUUUAUCCCUGUGUAUAUCCACUCGGGGGUCUACACCAUGCCCGAGUACCUGUCGAAACGCUACGGCGGCAACAGGCUAAAGGUUUAUUUUGCUAUGUUGUCUGUGUUGAUUUACAUUUUUACCAAGCUGUCUGUGGACUUGUAUGCUGGAGCUCUCUUUAUACAGGAGUCCCUGGGGUGGAACCUUUAUUUGUCUAUAGUCCUGCUCAUCAGUAUGACUGCACUGCUCACUGUCACGGGUGGAUUGGUGGCAGUAAUGUACACGGAUGCACUUCAGGCAGUGUUGAUGAUUGGUGGAGCCCUAACUUUAACCACCAUCAGCCUAAUCAAAGUUGGUGGGCUAGAGGGGGUCAGAACUAAGUACAUGCAGGCAGUUCCCAAUGUUUCUGCUAUAAUGGCCACUGGAAACUUCACCUAUUCUCCUUCCUGCCGCAUUGAACCUAAACCAGACUCACUACGCAUCCUUCAUGGUCCCCUAGAUGAAGACAUCCCAUGGCCAGGCUUCAUUCUUGGCCAGACCCCUGCAUCUAUUUGGUACUGGUGUGCAGACCAGGUCAUUGUUCAGAGAGUGCUAGCAGCUAAGAACAUUGUUCAUGCUAAGGGCUCUACACUCAUGGCUGGACUUCUCAAGAUCCUACCCAUGUUUCUAAUAGUCAUUCCGGGAAUGAUCUCCCGCAUUUUGUUUGCAGAUGAGAUCGCCUGCAUCGGGCCAGAGCACUGCAUGGCUGUGUGCGGUUCUCAGGCUGGCUGCUCAAACAUUGCUUACCCACGGCUAGUCAUGGCAGUCAUGCCUGUGGGACUCAGGGGUCUGAUGAUGGCAGUGAUGAUUGCUGCCCUGAUGAGUGAUCUUGACUCAAUCUUCAAUAGUGCAAGCACCAUCUUCACACUGGACAUCUACCAAACCUUUCGAGGGAAGGGAUCCCAGCGCGAGCUGCUGAUUGUGGGACGCAUGUUUGUUGUGUUCAUGGUGGCAAUCAGCAUUGCCUGGGUCCCUGUCAUUAUUGAAAUGCAAGGUGGACAGACGUACCUCUACAUCCAGGAAGUUGCUGGCUACCUCACUCCACCAAUCGCUGCCCUCUUCCUGCUAGGUGUGUUCUGGAAACGGUGUAAUGAGAGAGGUGCCUUUUGGGGUGGCAUGACAGGUUUCACACUCGGUACCGUAAGAAUGAUCCUAGCUUUUAUUUACCGUCAGCCUCGCUGUGACCAGCCAGAUAAUAGGCCUGCCUUUAUUGUUAAGGUUCACUACAUGUAUUUUGCAGCUGGGCUCUUCUGGAUUUCGGGAUUGGUGGCGGUGGUGGUCAGCCUCUGCACCUCUCCACCAGACGAAGAGCAAGUAUGCACCACUACAUUCUGGGGGCUGCGCAGCAUUGAAAAGAUUCCUGUGAAGGACAGAGAGGAAACAUACAAGCUGACUGAGAAGAGCCAUAGUAAUGGUGAUGGCAGCCAACAUAAAGAAAUGCCCCCGGAUGUCAAAAAGGAGAGGUGUUUGGAUGGGGCGGACGUCAAACUCCUGGUCCCAUCCACUGACCAUGACCCGGCCACCCCUAGUACGGAAACAUCCCCCUGCUCGACCCCUGCAGAACGCUUUGUUAAUGGAAGGAUGGAGAUGAUCAGAGCAGAGGAAGGCUGCCACGGUAAUGGGGAGACUAGCAGGGGUAUUCGUUUACUGGAAUGUAUUUUUGGAUGUAAGGGGGAAGCACAGAGCACUCUGCAAAAAGUAUCGAAGGAGGAUGAGUCAAGAGUCAUUGCGGAGAUGCUGUAUGAGCCACCUAGGGUUAAACUUCUUCUCAACUUGGGUCUGCUAUUCGUCUGCUCUGUGGGCAUCUUCAUGUUUGUUUAUUUCUCACUUUAGUCGAACCCUGCACUGAACUAAUGGGGACUGGUCUGGGGGCUUUUAAUAAGUGGGGAAGUUACAUGGGGGGGCGGGGUUGGCGCUGUUACAAACGAACAUUUGAAUCUUCCAAGAUUUGAGAAGCUGUCUGUAAUAUUUACAGUUGUCUUUUGUAGCUCUCUAACAGGGAUCUAAGCAUAAUCUAAUCAUUUUUAAAUGAUUAAAACUUCUCCAUAUGAGAAAAACUGUACUCCUUUAUGACUAUGAAUCCUAUUUGGCACUGGUGGGUCUAUUUUGUACAGCGCUUGGUGUUAAUCCUGCAUUCAGAAUAUCUACUGGGAUUUUGUUGUACUCAAAGUGAAUUUAUUAUUUGCCUUAUAUAUGCACUUUUGUUAUUAUUGUUUGUAUGGUGAAAAACAAAUGUAUUCUGUGAUUUUAAUAAUUUAAGCUCCCCCCCCCAGUAUUGUUGACAGUGACUGUAGGCUUAGUUGCUAGUGUAGCAAACGUAUGUCUGCAAUAACUUUAGGUUAUAGACCAUGACAAGUUUUUGCCGCUGAACGCAAUAUUAUUAUUGCAUUAUAUCAGUAGAAUGUCAAGUAUGUGAUUACUGUUAAAUUUUUAUUGUGCCCUUGACAGUCAUUUCAAGAUUGUUAGCAAAAUACUUUAUAAUGUCUUUUUUUUUUUAGGUAGAAAUUAUAUCCCACUUUAAAUUUUUAAGGGGACCAUUAUGAAGUUUGUAAAACAAGAGUUAAUAAUAAGUGCUAAGAAUCAUUACUUCUCUGCUGCUGUUGUAUGUGACCAGUUUGUUUAUAGUGAUUUUCAUAAUCACUGGUUGGAUUUAGCCUACUGGAGGUCAAGCUUGCAGUAAAUACCUGGUCUUUAGAAUAUGUACAUGUUCUGCAGCACAGGAAAUAAAGACAAGCACAAGAUUACAAAUUGUUAUCCUAUAAAUAAUGUUUUCAUCCUAAAAGAAGAAAUAGCCAAACGUAGUAUAGCACUUAUUCAUUUUGAUUGGCUGUUCAAUGUGUUGUCACUGUAAGGGAUUUUCUAUUUUAUGUUUUCUACUACUGUUUUUGUUUGAUUGUUGUUGGUUUUUUUCUGGCUGUAUUGUGUGUAACGCUUUAAAAUCGUCACGCAGCCUUUUAUGUACUACUAUUGUAUCAUUACGAAAAAGCCACAAGUACCAGAGCUCAUCAUUCUCUAUCACUUUAUAUUUUAUGCGUAUCUCAUUUUAUGUUUGUUGAAAAGUUUGUUGACUCUGUUUAUUAUAUAACAUGUGUACCAUAUAAUUCAGGGUCCAUUGAAUCCCCCACACUAUAUACAUUUCUUCAAUAGGCUCUCUUGUGUACCUACUGUCUGUCAACGUACAUUUAGUGCACUGCAGUGCUGAAAUGUCAUUUAAUCUUGUUUCAAGUGCACCUUUUUAUACACCUCUUUACCAAAUGUGUCUUAGUGUGCAAUGCUAAAAUGAAAAAAUGAGAAAAAAAAGUCAAAGAAGACAAUAAAGAGUUCACGUACUGAAAAUUGUGUGCAGUGAAUACCGCAUUUGUUUAAAGCCAUUUGAUAAAAAAAGCCUUGUCAUGUAGUACAUUUUCAGUUAGCUGCCUAUCAGUUGAUGAUGACAAUGCAAAGCAGAAGUGACAUUUCAGAUGUUUGUUGCAGGAUUAGCAUAUAACUGGAUGAGCUUUACUCAUAACAUUAUCAUAGGUAAUUCAACUAGGUGCAUUAAGUUGCUGCUCUUCAUGGACUGUCAUUAUUUCCAAAGUUUAGUUCCAACACCCUCACCCCCAGAAUACUAAAACAUAAAGAACAACUUUAUGUUUCUAUGUAUUUUGGAAUUUAUUGAACAGUGUUUAAUUACCUCAGUUCAAAACUUCUGUUUGACAGGCAAAUCCUUACUAAUGUCAGGCACAGGUGAUGCAUAACAUGGAGGUUUGAUAAUGUGAUGAUUGCUCUAUGGGAAAGAGCUUUAAGAACUUUUCUUUCUGAGAGAAUAUACAUUGUUAUUUUUAUGGAUUUUAUUUUUAGAGACUGAAAAUAAAGUUUCUGUGAAGACUAAAAGACAAA